AUGGAAACCCCGCACCCGCAGUACUUUCUCUCAUCGCCUCCAUCCGCAGCCCGCCCUUCAUUCCAAAGGGAACCAGAAGAGAAGUAGAGAGAGAGACGCGCUAUGUAUCGCCAAGCGUCGCGCUUUCUUAUCCGAUCCCUCGGGGGCAGCCGCCGCCGCACCGCCGCCGCGCCCCGGGCCUUCUCGACCGACGUCCUGGCGGCGCCGGCAGAGGACGCGGCGUUCGUGGAGGCCUGGAAGAAGGUGGCCCCCAACAUGGAGCCCCCGAAGACCCCCCUCGCCUUCAUGAAGCCCCGCCCUCCCACUCCCUCCUCCAUCCCCUCCAAGCUGACCCUCAACUUCGUCCUCCCCUACCAGUCCGAGAUCUCCAACAAGGAGGUCGAUAUGGUCAUAAUACCAGCAACAACUGGGCAAAUGGGUGUUUUGCCAGGGCAUGUUGCAACCAUAGCAGAGCUCAAACCUGGGUUGCUUACUGUGCAUGAAGGGAGCGAAGUGACCAAAUAUUUUGUCAGCAGUGGGUUUGCAUUCAUCCAUGCAAACUCCUUUGCAGAUAUAGUGGCUGUUGAGGCUGUUCCUGUGGACCACAUUGAUCCUAGCUUGGUUCAGAAGGGGCUUGCUGACUUUACCCAGAAGCUUAGCUCAGCCUCAACGGACUUGGAAAAAGCUGAAGCACAGAUCGGGGUAGACAUUCACAGUGCUCUCAAUGCUGCACUCUCUGGAUGAAUUUUUUUAUUCGAAGACCAGCCUCUUUCCCUCAAUCUCAGGAUGGUCAUGAAGUUCAUAGGCAACCCGUAAAGGUGAGAAAUGAUGGAAGGGCAAGAUAAUAAAUUUAAAUGUUUCAGCUGGAAGAUCCUUUUGUGGCAUUCCUCAUACCUUGUAUUUCCUCUUUGAUUCAUGGCUUCUUGGCCAGAACAAAAAACCAUUCUUUUAUUAUUCGAGUAAUGGUAGACUGGUAGCUCAUUGAACAUAUUGAUUUCAGAUGAAUUCGCUAUA